AGAGUUUUGUGCCGCUCGAGCUCUGGGCAUGCGCAGAUGCGGGGGGAGGAGGGAGAGUCCCGCAUGCGCAGAGGCAGCGCUCACCCGCUGCUGCUCCCUGGCGCUGCGGGGCCGGGCGGAGCAGGAGGGUCUGUGCCGGGGAGACCCAUUAACCCCCCCGUGCCCGGCCCGGGCCCUGCUCCCGCUGGGGCCGCCCCGGGCUCUGCCCGCCCCGCUGCGGAGCUGCAGCCUCCAGGCUACAGAUUAACGUCCACGUUUCGCUCCAGAUCAUCCCCUCCUCCCAUGGGGAAAGAAAUGGCUUCAAUGGAGCUGGCUCAGAGGCCGGUGACUUUUGAGGAAGUGGCUGUGCAUUUCACCAGGGAAGAGGGGGCUCUGCUGGACCCCACUCAGAGAGCCCUCUAUAGGGAUGUCAUGCAGGAGAACUAUGAGACGGUGAUCUUGCUGGGGUUUCCAGUUUCCAAACCUGAUGUGAUCUCGCAGCUGGAACGAGGGGAAGAGCCGUGGGUCUCAGACUUCCAUGACUCUGAGAAAAAAGUGCUCCCGAGAGCUGCCUGCACAGGGAGUGACUUAUGUCUGGAUUCUCUCUGUCUCCCAUCAGGUGAUGGGAUGGUGAGUGAGAAUGAGGAGAAACCCCAGCAGGAAGAUGCUGAGCAAGUAGAACCACAUGGGACGUUAUCAGGAAGAUCCAAAGGGAAUGUUUCCGGGAGUUGUGCACUCCCAGAAAAAGCAAAAGCCUGUGAGACUCAGGAGAGGCCACAGGAAAACUUCGGUAGCCACUCAGACCUUAUUACACACGAGAGAAUCAACUUGGAAGAGACACACUACACAUGCCAUGAGUGCGGGAAAAGCUUCAAUCAGAGUUCUGCCCUUAUCACACAUCAGAGAAUCCACACGGUUGAGAAAACUUAUCGAUGCUCUGAGUGUGGGAAACGCUUCAAUCGAAGCUCAAACCUUAUUAGACAUCAGAAAAUCCACACAGGAGAAACACCCUACACAUGCUCAGAGUGUGGGAAAAGCUUCAAUCAGAGCUCAAACCUUAUCACACAUGAGAGAAUUCACACAGGUGAGAAACCUUAUGGAUGCUCUGAGUGUGGGAAACACUUUAGUCUGCACUCAAACCUUAUCACGCAUCGCAGAAUCCACACAGGAGAGAAGCCCUACACAUGCUCUGAGUGUGGGAAAAGCUUCAAUCAGAGCUCUACCCUUAUCACACAUCGGAGAAUCCACACAGGUGAGAAAGCUUAUAGAUGCUCUGAGUGUGGGAAAUGCUUCAGUUGGAGUUCACACCUUAUCACACAUCAGAGAAUCCACAUGGUUGAGAAACUUUAUGGGUGCUCUGAGUGUGGGAAACGCUUCAAUCGAAGCUCAAACCUUAUUAGACAUCAGAAAAUCCACACAGGAGAAACACCCUACACGUGCUCAGAGUGUGGGAAAAGCUUCAAUCAGAGCUCAAACCUUAUUACACAUGAGAGAAUCCACACAGGUGAGAAACCUUAUAGAUGCUCUGAGUGUGGGAAAUGCUUCAAUUGGAGUUCAUACCUUAUCACACAUCAGAGAAUCCACAUAGUUGAGAAACUUUAUGGGUGCUCUGAGUGUGGGAAACGCUUCAAUCGAAGCUCAAACCUUAUUAGACAUCAGAAAAUCCACACAGGAGAGACGCCCUACACGUGCUCAGAGUGUGGGAAAAGCUUCAGUCAGAGCUCACACCUUAUCACACAUGAGAGAAUCCACACAGGUGAGAAACCUUAUGGAUGCUCUGAGUCUGGGAAAAGUUUCAAUCAGAGCUCAACCCUUAUCACACAUCGUAGAAUCCACACAGGAGAGAAACCCUACUCCUGCUCUGAGUGCGGGAAAAGCUUCAAUCAGAGCUUACACCUUAUCGCACAUCAGAGAAUCCACACUGGUGAGAAACCUUAUGGAUGCUCUGCGUGUGGGAAAAGCUUCAAGCGGAGCUCACACCUUAUCAGACAUAGGAGAAUCCACACUGGAUAGACACCCUACACAUGCUCUAAGUUCAGGAAAUGCUUUGGAUAUAGCUCAGCCCUUACUACACAUCAGAGAAUCCACAGUGGAGAGAUGCCCUACACAUAGGGUACGUCUAUACUUACCUCCGGGUCCGGCGGUAAGCAAUCG